UCCGUCUUUAGCGCAGCUAGCUUGACGCAGCAGCGGAGAACCAAACGGAGGCAGAGCGGAUCAAUUUGGAGCCACGGCGGUUGAUCGGGAUUAUGCGGCGACACUGAUUGCUGUAUCGGCUGAACACUCUGUCUCCUCAUCGCGUCCAGCAGCUGUGACGUCACCUCAGUCUCCAGGUGUUAGUCUGUCCCCGGCCUGUAUGCAGCCUGUCCAGGGCCCGGCCUAAUUCCUGGUGCUCCUUCUUUUCCCUCCACCUCCUCCCUCCUUUCCCUACCCUCCCCCCCCCUUCGCCCCCUCCCUCCGUCCUCACCCCGGCCUGGUGUCCCAGCGUUUAGCCCCGACCGGCGGCCCUGCUGGCUGCCCCUCCACAGGUGGAUGAAUGAAGACCCCAUUCAAGAGCCCAGCGCCCCGCGGCCCCCCCGCGCGGACGGGGGACAUUCAGGUGUGUCUGCAAACAUGAUGAAGAAGAAGAACUCACACAAGAAACAGAGGACUAGCGUUGGUCCCAGUAAGACUCUGGCUCAGCCCAGAAGGAACAUCGUGGGCUGCAGGAUCCAGCACAUCUGGAAGGAAGGCAGUAAGUCGUCCCAGUGGAAGGGGACGGUCCUGGACCAGGUCCCCGUCAACCCGUCCCUCUACCUGAUCAAGUACGACGGCUUCGACUGCAUCUACGGCCUGGAGCUGUACAGUGAUGAGAGGGUGGUGGGGCUGGAGGUGCUGCCCGACAGAGUGGCUCCGGCCCGUGUGAGCGACUCGCUGCUGGCGGAGACGAUGAUCGGGAAGGCGGUGGAGCACAUGUUUGAGACAGAGGACGGGCCGAAGGAGGAGUGGAGGGGGAUGGUGCUGGCUCGAGCUCCCAUCAUGACGUCCUGGUUCUACAUCACCUACGAGAAGGACCCGGUGCUCUACAUGUACCAGCUGCUGGACGACUACAAGGAGGGAGACCUACGCAUCAUGCCCGACUCCAACGACAGUGUGGCGGCAGAGCGGGAACCCGGCGAGGUGGUCGACAGCCUGGUGGGCAAACAGGUGGAGUACGCCAAAGAGGACGGCGGGAAGCGGUCGGGUAUGGUCAUCCACCAGGUGGAGGCCAAGCCCUCCGUCUACUUCAUCAAGUUCGACGAUGAUUUCCACAUCUAUGUCUACGACCUGGUCAAGACCUCCUAAGACCAGAAAACCCGGUCCAGGACCCCCACAGAGACUUACCGAGACCUGCCUAGACCCACCGAAAAAAAAUCCCACCAAACCCCCCCACUGAAGUAAAACUACAGCUAGGGUUUAAAACAUCCACCAUCUAUAGAGACGCCUGAGACAGAUGAUACCACCCUUCACUCUUUGUUUUCUGAAACGCCUUAAACACAAGAAAAAUACCUGCCCCCCACCAAGACAGGAAAACUACAACCAGCUCCAGGUCUUCAGGUGAAUCCAUCAUCUAUCAUUAGUGUCCAGAUCUCUGUGGACUCUGUUAGGACGUUUCCUCCAACACAAAGAAGACCAGCGACCCUGUUUUAUCUGGAAUAACUGAAACCUGCGUUGUUAAAUUAGAUUCUGGAACAUUUGUGGCCACAAUAAACAAAAACUUCUGCGAGGACCCGACCCUGAGAUCCUCCAGACGAAACAAAAAGCUCCCCUGAUGGCCCAGAUAUCAUUUCCUGCAGAGUCGCAGCAGGUCUGAAACUGUUUAAUUGAACAGAAAGACCUCCUCCCCCCUCUCCUGAAACCCUGUCAGACCGCUCCAGACCUCCGUCAUCAGAGGACGGGGGGGCAGACAGGUCUGAGUCUGCCGGGGUUAAUGAAGGGACGGGACUGAAAGCCGAACCAUCGUCUGUCUCCAUCUGUAUCUAUAGAAGGUGUACUGUUCUGGUCACACAGGAGGAACUCCAAUCACAGAGCAUUUUACUGACCCCGCCUCCCUGCAGGUCACCUGCUAACGAACAAAGACGCUGAGUGGAAUAAAGUCUGAAGGACGCCGCUGAGAGGACACGAGACUCUUUUCUUUCUCCAUUAUUUUAGCAUUUUGUCUUUUUUUUUUCUGUUGAUUCCUACGUUACCCAGAAUGACUUUCAGUUUGACAUCAGAUGGUCGAAGAGGCUCAGGUGUGUUUGUUCAGCUGCAUCAGUUGGUCCAAAGCAGUCUGAGAGCAGCUGUCCUCAUAAAACUGCUGCUCACAGGUCGCGCUCCUGGUCGCCGCCCUGAUUCAGUUUACAGCAGGAAUGCUAAUGAUGCUAAUCUUGCUAACAAGCUGUGUCCAAGUAUUGAUGAUGAAAUAUGUUCACACAAACUCUUCAUGGAAUCUGCUCCAGAUUCAAAGGAACAGACGUAUUUUGGGAAAUCCUCGUUUAUCAGACGUCCAGAUGUGUUUCAGCUGCUCAACAUUUAUAAUCAGAUUAUAACCAUUUAAUAAAUGGUUUAUAACACACUGCAGUGUUGGUGGAUGUAAGUGUUUAUUAAUUUGUAGUAUUUUUUAACGUCUGCUAUAAAGACAGAAUUCUGAUUUGUAGAUUUUAAAUAGAAUCUUUGCUGAUUUUCAACCAGCUCUGUGUCAUCCAGGGCUUCAACUAACGACACUGUUAUUGUUGAUAAAUCAAUCAGCUCUUUUCUCAAUUAAUCAAUUAGUUAGUUUAUAAAAUGGCAGAAAAUGGUGAAAAAUGAUGUCCUCAAAUGUUUGGUUUGUCCAUGACCCAAAAAUAUUCAGUGCACUGCCACAGAGGAGGAAAUAAACCAGGAAGUAUUCGUAUUUAAGAAGUUUCAGUGAGAAUUUUAACUUUUUUUCCUUUAAGAAAUAACUCAAAUUGAUUUUUAAAUUAGUUGGUGAUUAAUUUAAUCAACGACAGCUAUUCAUUGAAUCGCUGCAGCUCUGUGUCAUCACAGUGUGAUGGGAUAGUGUUUGGCUUCCUCCCAUGUAGCCAGCGUCUAGAUGCUGUGUGACAUUAAAUGCGUCUUCGAAAUCCGCCAGUAAGUGAAGGGGAGCUCCGGGCGCUGGUGUCAUUAAGGGAAGCCAAACAACUAUCAUCUGCCCUCACUACCAUGACACAGAGCCGGCUGAAAAUCUUCAAUGCUUCCCUUUAAAGGGGGAUUUAUAGUUGUGAGGCAGACCUUACGCCGUUGUGAGCAUUUAUACUUGAGUCACUCUGCAGUUAUACCUCCAAAACACAUUAAACACACGUCAAAUACACAUUAAACACACAUUAAACAUGUCUUAAUAGAGACUGUUUCAAACACAAAUCAGCUUCACUCACAGCAUUCACAGACUGCUGAUCUGGACUCUGGACCUUAUCUGGACACAUUUUCCCCACAAAUACAACAUGCUAACGUUAUUAGCACAAGCCUAUGGCAUUUUACAUUGUAUAAAUUAGCUUAGCAGCUAGCUGAUUUAUUUUUAUUUGAUUUUCUUCACAAUUUAUUGUUUCUUAUAUGUGAAAUUAAAGACGCAGAAGUAUAAAUCUCACAUUAAUAAACACGUCUAUAUCUGCUUACAGCUACAUUACAGUGUGUUAUUAACCAUUUAUUACAUGUUUAUAUUCUGCUUAUAAACGUAAAAUAAUGUGUUGGUCGUGGAGCAACGACUUAAGUGUUUCUCAAAAUGUCUGAAUGUUCCUUUAAUUGAUUCCCUCGGACAGCUGAUGCAGUAUCGAUCAGUUCUGAUCAGUCCUGAGUUCAAAUCAAAACCAAAAUGUUGCCACAACUGAACCGUGGUGAAGGUGAAACUGUAGCAGUCAUGAUGCCCCGCCCCCUGUCUGAGGCGCUGUAUUUUGAUUGGCUGGACUCGAGCACAGAUGUGGCUUGUUAUGAGAUCAUCAUCUGUUGGAAGUUGAUUUAAAUGUUUUUAUAAAUUCUGUCCCCUUC